AUGGAGAAGAAGGCAUCUCAACCAGAGAAGGGGGAUAGGAGGCAAGAUAAAAAGGGACAGGAUGCCUCCGCCCUCGGGCUGAGACCGGUGAAAAAGACGCAUCUGAAGACGAGGCAGGAGAGGCCCAGCCACGAAGGGCCUGGGGAGAAGCGGGAAGGGGAAGCAGAUAACGUAGAGGACUGGGGGGAAUUAGAAAUGUCUGAUAUUGAUAUGCCCCUGAUUCGCUCGGAGGCGCAGAUAGAUAACACGGAAGGUUUAGGAGGAGCCUGCUAG